UUUUAAGGUUCGCCGCCUCCCUGUCCAAUUAACUUUUAAAUUUUUAAUUAACUAAGUACAAAAAAUAAAUACAUAAAUAAAUAAUUUCCCUAUUCCUAAUCAAAUUUCCAUAAUCAAUCCUAUAAAUAAACUCCCUUCCUUCUCUUAACCUAUAAUCACAACCCAAUACGAUGAACACUUAUUAAACCCUCUCUUCGAUGGAAACUUGAUUCUCUCCUCGAAAACUCCACCAUGAUUUAGCUGUAAAUUUCAGUAAUUUGGAAAACCAUCCCUCGCUUUCUGCAAUGAAGCUAUUAAACGGAAACACUCUCUACGAAUUCACCGUCGCUCAAAGCGGCGGCGACACCCCGUUAUCGACGGAUUCCGAGGAUUUCCAGAUUGAAUUCCGUUACCGUAACUUCCAAUCGCGGUUACAAUCACAGAGAUCAAUCGGAUUCACUCGCAAUGGAAGCUCUUCGUCAUCAUCUUCAUCGUCGUUUAUGGCGGAUGUGUUGCAGGAAUUCGACGUUCCGGAAACAACUCGUUCCGACAUGGCCGCGCACUUCAAUUUCUACGUCGAUAGGUUAUCGCGUAGAAUCUGCAAUCGGAGAGGAUCAAUUUCAUCAAUCUUUAUAUCAGUGUGUUUAGACGCGAAGGAAUUAUCGCCGGAGAGAGCGGCGGCGAUUCAGAGUAGGAUUGAAUCCGGGAGGAGAGAGAGUGAGAGGGAGAGAGAUGUUCGUCGAGUGGCGGUGGAGAGGGAGGUUGCGCCGCUGUUACCGGCGGAUAAGUCGGUGGUGGAGGGUUUAGAGAGGAGAGUUACGGUGUUUGGGGAGGAGAGAGAAUGUUCGAUUUGUUUGGAAAAGAUUGGAGAAGGAGUGGAGGUGAUAAGGUUACCCUGUGCUCAUAUCUACCAUACGGAUUGUAUCACACAGUGGCUUCAGAGGACUCAUUUUUGCCCCUUUUGCCGAUUCAAGCUUUGAUUAUUUCUUGAUUCUUUGAUUUGUUGCUAUUUUUUUGGAAUAAAAACAUACUCCGUAAUUCUUAACUUCUUACGUCAUAAAACACGUAUUUUUUAUAGGCAACAAAUAUAAUAAAAAAGCCAGUCAAAUA